UAAAUUUUGCCAGACUUCUAUUCAUCCAUCUUUCCCUUCCAUGGAUCGUGCAUCUCAUGUCAUGUCCCAGCCUCCCCUCACAAAGAUGUCCCCCUACGGUUUCAUCCAAAAGUCUUAGUAUUGAACUUUGCCGUGUAGGUCUCUGAAGCAUUUUUCCUUAACUGCACUUAAACGUUGAGGUUGAGGCGCAUCUCCUCGCAUAAGGAUACGGCGCCUCGUGUAUUGUAAAGCUUAUCCUUUCUCCAUUGGAUUCCCUCUCACAUCCAUGUCAAAACUCAUUGGCCACAUCUCUGGAUGGAUUCAUGGACUCUGCUUUCUUCCAUGGAUCUAUAUGUCUACCCCUGUAAUCCAGUAAUCUCCAUUAUUACAGCUUUAGAGCAAAUGUGAAAAUCCAAUAACACGAUCUCUCUAAAUCCCUUCUGCUUUUUGGAACGUCGGCUAUUCCACGUGAAUUGUCGAAUCUACUUGUUUGUAUAUGCAAAUGUCCCUCAAGGAUUCUGACUGGCAGGCACUGCAUUCAUUCUACACAUCAAGUUGGGGACAGUUGACUUUUUCCCUUCUUGGGUCUUUAAAUCUGGGAACACAUUGUUUCUCCCCAUUUAACUAAAUCUUCUUUGAUCUCUUCGUUACCGUUUUAUCGUUUUCGGCACACAGGCCCGUUCCAUGUAUUUAAGCUCUGUACGUAACCGUCUCACUGUGUUUGUAGCUUUUGUAGACGGUAUUCUUUCUUAAAUUUAGGUUUCCAGUUACUCACAGGAUUGUUUUCCGUGUGUUGACUUUCUCUCCCGUGCCGCUGCUGAGCUCUCAUUAACGAGCACUAAGCUCUUAUUAGCUCGGAGAGUCUGGGGGAGAUACAUGGGUUGUUCCAUGUAGACGAUCACAUGACCUACGAAAAGGAGUACUUUGGUUUCUUGCUGUCUCCGGUGCGUGCCGUGACUCUUCUGGCAUUAUAGCACUGACUAGGCCUCCAGCGUGACGUUGAAUAGACGUCCCUGCCAGGUUCACAUCCUCAAGCAGAAAGCAUCCAGUCUUGGACCAUUGAGUGGCUUGUUAGUUGUAGGUUUGACUGUUUACGGCCUUUUUGUGGGGGAGGAAGUUGUCUUGUGUCCCUGGGGUGCUAGUUUUUAUAUCACCAGUGGACUUUGAAUCUAGUCAGACGGUUCUUCUGCAUAGCUUGAUGUGAUCCUGUCAUUUUUGUUCUUCAUCUGAUUUCUCAAUCUGUGGAUUUCAUUGAUGGAUUUUCAGGUAUGGGAAGAACAGCCCUCACAUUCCCGCUAUAAAACCCAGCUGAUCGUGGCUCAUUCUGCUUCUCACAUAUUGCUCCAUUCAAACUGCUAGGUUUUUGUUGAAUACUUUGGUGCCUGUGUUAGGAAAGAAUAUUGGUCUGUCAUUUUCUUGGUAUCCCUGCGGUGCUGGCCUCAUAAAAUCAGUGGGACGCAUUCCCUCUGCUUUGUUUCCUAGAAGAAGUUGUGUAAGUUGUUGAUAUUUCUUCAUUUAAUGUUUGUUAGAAUUUGCCAGAGAAACUGUCUUGGCCCAGAGAUGUCUUUGCAAAUGUGUUUACCUGUGAAUUCAGUUUAUUUAAAAGAUACGGGACCAUGCACACAGUUCAGUGUUUGAAAUCCAUCCUCUGAGAGUUUCGGUAGCUUGUGGUUUUCCAGUAUGUGCUACAUUGCCUCUGACCUGUGGAAUGUGAAGCUGUAGAGUCGCGUGUAUUCUUACCAUGUUGAUCAUUUUAUGUUUUCUGCGUCUGGAGUGAAAUCUCUUCUUGGCGUUCCUGAUAUUGGUAACUUGUUUCUUUGCCCUCUUUUUCCCCCAGUCAGUCCUGCCACGGGUUUAUCGCUUCAAAGAACCAGCUUUUGGAUUAAUUGAAUUCUUGUAUGUUUUUUUCUGUUUGAAGUCUCCUGGGGGGUUUUGCUUCUGUUGCUUAGCAAAAUAAAUUCUUAUCUACAGUAGGAAUUCGGAGACGAUCUCCAUAGGUAUGAGUAGCCUUUUUGACUGGACGCAAACCCAGUGGUCAGGAAGACGAACAUGCAAAACGGUGCGUCCCCAUGGUGCAAACGCUUACAAUUGAGUAGAAGUCUCCCUUGUGAAUGGAUGAAAAUGAACACUCACGGGGAGAGCAUCUUCUGGGGUCUGCCUGCACACAUUCCUCGCUACCUUCUUGGUGUCUGAGAACCUCCAGCUUCACCACCCUUUCUAGACCCAAAGGCCUGGUGGAGCUUCCAGCUGGGACCAGACCUCCAUGGAUCCACUCCAGAAACAGAAUCCAGCAUCGCCUUCUAAAUCUUUCCCGAUGACAGCUGCAGAGACUUCCCGGGAAGGCCCAGCACCCUCGCAGCCUUCGUACUCGGAGCAGCUGAUGAUGGGCCUCAGUAACCUGAGCCCCGGUCCUGGCCUCAGUAACCUGAGCCUGGGCCCUGGCCCCAGCAACCUGAGCCCCGGCCCUGGCCCCAGCCACUCCGCGCCUCUCCCCGAGGGGCUGCUCCACCAGCGGUACAGAGAGGAGAAGACACUCGAAGAGCAGCGGUGGGAGAGGCUGGAGUUCCUUCAGCGGAAGAAAGCAUUCCUGAGGCACGUGAGGAGGAGACACCGCGAUCACAUGGCCCCCUAUGCUGUUGGGAGGGAAGCCAGAAUCUCCCCGUUAGGUGACAGAGGUCAGAAUCGAUUCCGAUGUGAAUGUCGAUACUGCCAGAGCCACAGGCCGAAUCUUUCUGGGAUCCCUGGGGAGAGGAACAGGGCCCCACUUCCCUCCUCCUGGGAGACGCUGGUGCAGGGCCUCAGUGGCUUGACCCUCAACCUAGGUACCAACCAGCCCGGGCCUCUGCCUGAAGCGGCACUCCAACCGCAGGAGGCAGAGGAGAAGCGCCAGCGAGAGAGGCAGCAGGAGAGCAAAAUAAUGUUUCAGAGGCUGCUCAAGCAGUGGUUAGAGGAGAACUGAGACGCGCACCCACCUGGGAUGGAGACCCGAAGGGACUCAGACGGAGCCCGCGUGUUGGCAGCGCCUGGGCGUGGGACCAUUUUGGGGACGAAACAGCAAGCUGCGGUCGGAUGAGUGCCAGGACCCGUUUACGGGGACACGUGGGAAUCCUCCCAGCAUGACGCUUGACCGACCCCAGGAAGGUCCUCAUCUUUGGUGCCUGCCAUUCUCGGAUGGCCGCGAGGCAUCCUGUGGCAAGGGACGCUGCGUACCAGCGGUCCCCGCCGCGUCUCACCUGCCUCCCGUGAUGCAUGUUGUCGCUCUCCCACCCUGGAUCUCCGUCUCUCUUCCCUACCUGCUGACCGUAAGAGAUCACACGUCAGUGUAGUGUGAAUGCCUUGUCGCUGUCCUAUAUGCUUUUGCACCACUGAGUUGACUGCCUCCGAGAAGCAGCACUAGGCCUGCUGAAAUGCAGUGCGCUGCCCUGAGAUCCAGUUUCAAGAACGGGCAGCUAAACACAGUGUGGGAAAGGGAUGUGCAAUGAGAACUUGGUGGUCCGCCGCUGUACUGUUUGCGUAAACUUUUAUGUAUGUGGUAAGCUACAUGUAUGUAAAUGUCGCCCUGCCCCUAACGGUCGAGUAGCAUUCUCCCUUGCAGGAAUUUCUGAUGGGGUUCCUCAUCACCAAUACCAAAUAAAUAUAUGUAGGAAUGGAAAAUAGGUGUAGAA